GGAGGAGCUGAAGAGGAGGAAGAGGAGGAGAUGAGUGUUGUGGUAAAUCCACGAUGAGCCGGGUCUGCUGCAGACAACAAGUGUUCAGAGAGAGAGAGAGUGACCAAGGAGGGCGAGCGAGGAUCAGUCCAGGUUACUCUGUAACAGAGAGAGUGAGAGAGGUUACCACGGCAACACAAGGACGGCAACGCAAGGACGAGGAGUCACAGACACGCAGGUUAAGCACAUGAAGCACAUGGAGGAUGGACCUGGACCUGUAGUCCUUCCUGUGACCCUCCUCUGAAAUAUCUGUGUACCAAGAGUGUAAAGGGCGGUUUGCACAAACAGCAAAGGUCCACAAAAGCUUGGCUGUCUGGCUAUUAAGAUCCUAGAGGAGGCAUGUCUCAGGAAGGUAAAGUGCUGCACCUGUAUGUGGAAGUGCGCUCUGUGCCUGAGGAUGGGGGCAAGGGGUCAGCGAGAGGGGACGACGAUACCACUCACCUGAUGCUCCAGUGUCCAGAUGUCCUCCCCCACUCUCAGAGGAGCUCUGCUCACUCGAGCCCAAACCGCAGCCCUGCCCCCUCCCCAGUCACCCAGCAUUAUCCAGGAGCCAGGAACCACAGCUUGCCCUCCUCAAAGUCCUCCUCCAGACACUCAGUCAGCUUCCAUCUCCAGAACCCAGACGCCACAGGGUCUCCCACCCAGUACGCUCGACAACAAGUGUUGCCUGACAGUUUCGGUCAGUUACUGGAAGUCCUUGCUCCGGGAACAGUUGGUUCGAGCCGUCAUGGCUCACUCGGACGCACCUUUUCACUUGAUGUGGACCCUUACCAAGGAAAGAUGCUCAUAUCUCCAUCCUCGGGACGGAUGAAUGCUUCCUCCCCACCAACCCGUAAUCGCAGGUCCUAUGAGGUUGAGGGAAUUGAGGAUGACGAGGGGAAGACAUCUGUGGUGUCCUUUGGCUACAUUGAGAAGUCAAAUGUUCACAACAUGGCCGGGCGUCGUGCCUCUGCAUGUCAAAAUGAAUACAACUCUUCUUUCAACAAGAUGGAGGGGCAGCUGCCGCCUCAUCUCCGCAAGAGGCUGAGCGAUCCUGUUUGGCACAAUGGCCAGCCUCCACUGGAGGACCCAUCACACGGUCACCACUACUCAUCCCACAGUCAGUCCCCACGCGACUUGCCCUCACUGCAGAAGGCGACCUUGGAUUCAGCUGCCAGAGAUGCGACCCACAGGGCAUUAGAGGAGUUUGGGUCCCCUGAACUGAAGCGUAGAUUAGCAGGUUAUGGUCCAGAAAGUUACAGUUACAGUCCGACUCUUCCACGGCAGCAGCAGUCCCCUCGCUGCCGAUCUUGGGGAGGGUCCCCCAUCCUUCCUCGAACCGCCCGCACCUUGCCGCCCAAGACCCAACUGCUACAGCUGGACCAGGGAGUCUGCCACAGUUCAGUAACAGGAUUACCCAGAAGUCCAGCUUCUGACCAACUGUGUGCCCACAUUGGCCAUUCAUCUCACUCGAAGGCCUCAGCACCUCACUCCCUGAACCAACACAGGCUAUGUGUGGGGGUUGAUAGCCCGAGGUUAGCCAACAAGUUCCACCCACCACUACCUGCAGGCAGACCCACAGACAUCCAGCACGAGCUCCCAGCAGGCUCCUUUCCUUCAGUCAACCCUUCCAGGACAGACUGCCUGCCAUCGCACAGAGUUACUAAUGGCUAUAAUACUAAAUUCACCAACUCCGGCCGAGGAUGA